AAGGAUGUACCAAGAAAUGUUUUGUCUGGCUCGCGGCAUCGAAGCCAUUCGCCUACUAGAAAUUGAUUCUCAAGACGAAACCGCUUUCCAAAGAAGCAGCGUUUCGCGCAGACGCGUCAACAGUCAACAAAGGCCCAUCUUCAAGAGGGGUCAAAGCGCUAGAAGAAAUUUCGAAAAAUGCAUCGAAAGAUGCGGAAUUAUCGAAGAAAACGUCAAUGAUGUCAGGAAUAAUUAUUUGAAAGAGUACUGGAAAUGCUUGAAUCAGUUGAAAAUGAUGAAAAUCGAUCGGAAGAAAAUUAAUCGAAACGUGGAUUACAAGCAGAUGAAGACGAAAGUGUUAAAAGACAAAAAUGACAGUGUAAAUAAUGUGAAAGACAAAACGGUGCCGUGGGUGUUGCGGUGGAGACACAGAAGGAUACAUCCGGUGUGUGAUAUCAGGUAA